CUCAGCCUUCCAGCCUUGUCUUCCUUCAAAGAUUCAAGGUCUCAACGUUCCAUUCACUCCUUUCCUCAACACGAACCCCUCCACUAGAAUAUUCGCCUAGCGUCGUCGUCAUACCACCCGUACAAUGAGCAAAUCAUUGUCAAUCCUCUGUUUCGGCAACUCCUUGACAGCAGGAUACUACAAUUAUGGGCUGGCUUACCACCCUUACGCCUGGAAACUGGAAGAACGCCUCAAGGCUGCAUUUCCAACCCACACCAUCCGGAUUGAUGUCGACGGGCUUCCGGGCGACAUGGUCAAUAGCCCCCCGGGGCGUUUUCUGCCUCGCUUGGAGCAGAAAUGCGAAGCAACAUCUUAUGAUUGGGUGAUUAUGCUUGGUGGGACAAAUGACCUCGGCUACAUGUACCCCGCUGAAAAGAUCCUUCCCGGGUUGAUUCAGGCCUGGACCAUGGCUAUAAAAAGCGGCGCCAAUGUGCUAGCUCUGACAGUCCCUGAAUGCGGGGCAGUGCAUCAGCGGUUGAAUAAUACGCGGGCGGAGCUCAACUCGCAGAUCUUGAGUUAUGAUGCUGAUAGCUUUUAUGUCUUUGAUCUUCACAAAGAGGUCCCCUAUCACAGCGCUGCACAGGACUUCAAGGAGAAGAUCUGGGAUGACGGAGUCCAUAUGAAACCAGAUGGCUAUGAUCUUGUUGGGAAUUUGAUCGCAGACCAUUUGAUUCAAUUACUUAGCUAGAAACAAGAGGUAGACCAGGGUAUCCAGGACUUUCAGAUUC